UUUUUCCUUUGCCCUCUCUCUCUCUUUUUCUGCAGAAUGAACACAAAAGCAGAUUUAAAGGCUGCAAGAGAGGCUAUUGGUGCCAAGAAAUAUAGUGAUGCCGUCAAGGCUUGUAAACGUGUUUUACUUUGGGAAGGCGAAAACUAUAACGCCUGGGUCUUUUUAGGUGUAGCUCAUACUAAUUUAGAGCAAGAUCAAGAGGCUGAAGAAGCAUAUAAACGAGCUAUUGAGAUCAAUCCAGACAAUAUGCUCGGAUGGCACGGUCUGAUCAACUUUUAUGAAAAAAGACAAAAACAAGAAGAGCUGUCAAAGACGAUACGAGAUAUCAUUCCUCGACUUGUAGCAACUGGUGAUGGAGCACGACUGGCAGAGUAUUUGAAGAAACUUGUGCAUAUUUACAAGUCAACAGACCCUAACCAACACUUGGAAGUCUUGAAAAGCUUUUUGCCUGGAAGCACUUAUUAUGACUUAAUCAAGGAUCAGCCAGACUUACCAUCACAGAUUGAGAUAUGGCAGAUCAUAAUUGAAAAGCAAGAGAAAGAGCAGGCCCAGACAGUGGAAAACGAAGUCGCAUCAAGAAGAUUCAGAGUUAGUGGAGGAACGCCAGCACAGGUGUUGGCCGAGGUAGAGGCAGAGAUAUACGGUGCAUCCAAAUUAGGUGUCAUGUACGAGAACGUGUUGGCGCUCAUCUCUGAUGAUGAUGUAGAAACAAAGCAGUUUUGGAAACUCAAGCUGCUCAAGUUUCUCGUCAAGCGGAUUGCAGGCGUAAGGGAUAAGGCAGAGUUGUAUGAACAGAUCAUGUCACUGGCUAGUGAACUAGUGUCGAUGGAUGAUCCUCUUCCAUUGGAACUAUUAAUACAGUUUGUGGAUGCGAAUAGUCCAGAACAAUAUGACUGGAAUCUAUUUGAACAGUUUAUAGAGAGAUUUCCAGAUAGUGGGUUGGCGAAAUUAGGUAGAGGAUACAGGUUAAGUAGACAAGGGGAUAUCGACCAAGCAUUCGAUCUGUUUAGUGAAGGAUUGGAAGAGAAGCCAAACAGCUUAUUUGGAUAUCAGUGCUUAAGUUCGGUUUACUAUGAGUCUAAAGAAUAUGAGACAGGCUUAGAAUAUGCUACAAAGGGUAGAGACUUGGUAGGAAAGUACAAGUCAGAAUGGGGCAUUAUAUUUGAAAAUAUACUUGUAUUUAUGGAACUACAUAUGGCUCACUGUUAUCGUUUGAUUGACAAGAAGUAUUAUAUGGAUGCAACAGCACUUUAUAGGUCUAUCAUUCAGCGUUGUCCUGAGCAAACCAGCGCUUUAGAGGGCAUGGGCUUCAUUUUACUAGAUGAGAAAAGAUUAGAUGAAGCGUGUGGUUAUUUUGAAAAAGUGCAUCAACUUGACGCCAGUAACCAUACAUCUGUGGCAGAAAUGGGCUGGAUCUAUUUAGAAAAGCAAAAGUAUGAAGAUGCCAUCCGAUUUAUUACUACAGCGUUAGACAUUGCUGGUAAGGACGUUCCAGAUUACUACUACAGGCUUGGAAGGGUAUAUUGGGCUAUGGAAGAUGCAAGCAGUGCAUUCAAGUAUUUUAUGCAAACUGUCAAAAUGGAUCCCUUCUUCUCUCAUGGCUUUACUUUUCUUGGUCAUUAUUAUAGAGAGCAUAAAAGGGACCAUGCAAGAGCCAAAAAGUGUUAUCAAAAGGCUUAUGUGUUAAAUCCGCUUGAUACAGAUGCAGCGCUUCAUUUAACGGAUUAUUAUAUUGCUGAUAAUGAGCAAGACGAAGCAGAAGCCGUGUUUCGCCAAGUGACAGAAUCCAGCCCCAAGACAGGCUGGGCAUGGCGACGAAUGGGACAUCUCAACUUGAAUCAAAAGUCAUACAAUGAUGCUAUAUCAUGCUUUCAAAAAGCACUUCGAGCUGACACAAGUGAUGUUCGAUGUUGGGAAGGCCUCGCAGAAGCAUAUUCGAGAGCUGGAAGGUUUGUGGCAGCCUUGAAGGCAUUUGGUCGAGCCAUUCAGCUUAAUCCUCACUCAAUUCACGCGAAUAAUGAGAGAGCGUAUGUACAGCAAAAGAUUGGAUCCUUAGACGAUGCUAUUGCAAGUUUCAAACACACACUAGCGCUUGCUGAAGAGCAAGGAAAGCCCAAUUAUAUCCCUGCCUUAUCUGGACUUGCUGAAACUUAUUUGGAGCAUGCCAAGGAGGAUUUUCAGCUGGGCUUCUUUGGACGUGCAGCAGAUGGCUGCAAUCGUGUGAUAGAAACAUGUUUGCUUGGGUUGCAGCAAGACAAGUCUAUCAUUAUGUUUUGGAAGUUAAUAGGUGAUGCCUGCUGCUUUUACCGACAGAUUCCUAGCUAUAUUCAUUUAUGUGCCUAUUCUACUCUACAGAGAGUCAUGCAGAUCACAACAAAUCCACAUAGUGCCUUAAAAUUUGAACAAGACUCGACCAGCCAUUGGGUAAACGAAUUUUUGGGUUUAGCAGACGAUGUGCAUGACCUGAGCUUACCUCAUAAAGCUGCCUUGGACGUUAUUUUAUCAUGCGCUUCUUAUUCUUAUAAGCAAGCUAUUGUCGUAUCCAAGAAUCAUCCCUCUGUGUCUCCCGCAUUUUGGCAUGAUCUGGCUGCAGUCUACUACUAUUUGUGCUUGAACCAAAACGAUGAGUCAAGUGUGGCUAUUCAGUGUAUAAAGGUGUCACUUACGAUGGAGCCAACACAGUACAUGUACUGGAACACACUAGGUGUUAUUGCCAUGACAGUGGCUCACCUGCCUAAGCUUGCACAGCAUGCAUUCAUUAAAGCGAUGGAAUACAACAAUCGAAGUGCCAUACCUUGGACAAACUACGGGUUCCUUUGUUUAUCACUCAAGGAUUAUGAACUAGCAAAUCAAGCCUUUGAUAUGGCACACUCGCUUGAUCCAGAAUGGAUCUCUGCCUGGGUCGGACAGGCAUACGUAGCUUCAUUAUGGGGCAAUGAUGCGGCUGCAAUCUUUGAGCAUGCGUUUGAAUCAAGCAACGGAUCAGCUUUAGAUGCCAGUUAUGGAUAUGCAGAGACUGCAUUCCAAAGAUUAUCCACGGAUGUUAACACCAACGAAUUGGUCACGCCCGUGUUUGCUCUUCAAAAGCUAACUGAACAACGAGUGCAUGAUGCACUUUCUCUAAACUUACUUGGAAUGCUACUUGAACGACUAGGUCAGCAUCAUCGAGCUGCUCAAUCCUUUGCCUCUGCUAUUCUCGCUGUAGAGGCACAAAUAGAAGAAAAAAAGAUUACUACAGAAGAAGGACAAACACGACUGAGCAAGAUUCACGCUAACCUUAGUCGUUGUCUUGUGGCUACUGGUGACUUCCAGGGAGGCAUCGCUAGCUACGAAAACCAUCAGCAGCAAAGUGUCUAUGCUCAACUAAAUGCAGGCAUUGCUCACUACUUUUUAGAUCAGCUGCCAGAAUCGUUAUCGUUGUUUGAAUCAGCUUUAAAUGCCACACAGGAGGAUAUCACACUACGUCAAGAUGUAGUAGUACUACUAGCAAAGGUACUCUGGGCGCUAGAAGGAGAAGAACAAAGAUCGGUAGCAAAGGAGCAAUUGUUUUCAAGUAUCUCAGAAAAUCCAACUUAUUUACCGGCGAUUUUCUCCUUGUGUGUCAUGGGCAUCAUGGAAAAUGAUGAAACGCUGACUUUGGCAGCAUUACAAGAAUUAGCAAAGAUACCCGCAGAUGAUGCCUAUACGCUGGAUAAGAACCAGCAAAUUUCUUGGCUGUUUUCUAAAGUGUACGAACUUCAGGGUGACUCUGUACAUGCUAGUCGUAGUCUAGUUAAAUGGAUUCACCAAGCGCCUUGGUUAGCUACUGUCUGGUCUCGUCUUUGCAAACAAAUGAUUAUGACAUCAGAACAAGACGCUAAAGUGAUUGAACGAGUGGCUAGUUCGUCUUUGAUCAUUUCAAAGAGAAAACAUGAUGCCAAUACAACGUCAGAGGCUUAUGAGUAUGCUGCUUUGGCACAGAAUGACCGUGAUUUGGCACAAAAGUAUGCACAAAAGGCAGUUAUCACUGCACCAUGGCGGCUAAACGCUUGGCAAGCCUUGACCUUAUCGUAGUUAAAAACUAGCUGAGUAGAAUUUUAAUAAAUUUAUUUAAAAUCGAUUACAUCACUG